AUGGACGACGAAGAGGAAAAGCCAGGCAACGAGUCGAUGAAACCUGUUGUCGUUGACGAUUGUUGCAGCGAUAUAUCCAAUGGCUCUAAACUGAGCCAUAAGCAGUGGAGAGCCAGACUAAAGAGAGAGCGACGGCGCCAGAAAAGACAAGAGAAUGCAAGGGUGUCUGUAGCGUAUACAGAAAAUGGGAGUUUAGAAAAUGAAGUUGUGAAUGAAGAGUUUGAGAAGCUGAAGGAGCAGAGAGAUGAAGCGGAGAGGGCAUACCUCCAUGCCCAGUGGUUGGAGCGUGAGAAACAAGCACAGGAACAGUGGCAGAGGAGGAAGGAGAAAGAAAGGAUAGAGAAACAGAGGAGAGAAGAACAAGAGAAAAAAAUCAAAGAAGAAUGGGAAGAACAGCAGAAAAAAGAGAAAGAAGAACAAGAAAAGAAAGAUAAGAAGGAUAAAGAAAAGAAGUCCCACCAGGAGGAUCUACUUCGUCAGGCAACCGCCAAUGAAAACAAGGAAGGAGAUGAACAGCCAUGGCAUAAUCCCAUUGUCCGAGUUGUACAGGGUAAAGAGAGAGAUAGAUGUCCCUUUUUUGCCAAGACAGCAGCUUGCCGGUUUGGUGACAGAUGUUCUCGUACACACCCCCAGACUGAGAGCAGUAACACUCUGUUGUUCCGCGGUAUGUACAGCCACUUUGAGUUGGAGCAGGGUCUGAUGGGUGAGGAAUACGACACAGAUCUAAUCCUUGAAUAUGAUGAUUCGGAACUCUACCAAAACUUUCGUGAAUUUUAUGAAGAUAUUGUCCCAGAAUUUAAAGCCAUUGGUCAGGUUGUUCAAGUGAAAGUGUGUUGUAACUAUGAACCGCAUCUCCGUGGAAAUGUCUACAUCCAGUACAGAAGAGAGGAUGAUGCAGCCUCAGCCAUCGUUCAGUUCAACGGCAGAUAUUAUGGUGGAAAACAGCUGUCCUGUGAAUAUGUUACUAUAACGAGCUGGAAAUCAGCUGUCUGUGGUUUGUUCGGAAGUGGUCGAUGCCCCAAAGGACGAAACUGUAAUUUCCUUCAUGUGUUCAAGAAUCCUGGCAAUGAAUUUUGGGAAGCAGAUCGUUAUGACAGACACAGACAAAGUAACAUGCAUAAUAGGAAUAGAGAAUGGUCAGAGAGGUCAUCAAGGAAUCGAUCAAGGUCACGAGAAAGACAAAGAAGCCGGUCAAAGUCACCUGUAAGAAGAAAUCGGUCACGGAAUCGUGGAAGGUCAAAGAGAUCCAGAUCGUUAUCAAAAGAUAGACAUUAUGAUUCAAGAAGAAAAAGGUCAAGGACAUACCAUUCAAGGUCAAGAUCAAGAAGUAAAUCCGGAGACCGAUCAAAAUCUAGAAGAAAACUUUCAACUUCAAGGUCACUGUCAAGAGGUCGAUCAAGGUCACCAAAGUCAAAGUCAAGAAAGAAGCAUCCAACAUCAAGAUCAAAAUCUAGAGAUCGUCAAGGGCAGUCAAGGUCAAAAAGAAAACAUUCUGCCUCUAGUUCACAGUCUAGAGGUCGAUCAAGGUCACCAAUGUCAAGAAAGAAACAUUCAUCUUCAAGGUCAUUAUCAAGGGAACGAUCACACUCACCAAAGUCAAACAAAAAACGUUCUUUCUCAAGGUCACUGUCAAGGGGUCGAGGAAGAUCUCCGUAUAAGUCAAAGGAUGGAAUUGAAAGGAAAGAUCCAACAGUAGAGGAUUAUUGUGUUAUUCAGAGUGAAACAUUGUUAGUGUCUGAAUCAGAGAAAAAUGAUGAGAGACAAGAAAACAACACAAGCGAACAAAUAUCAGAAACGAAUUAUGUAAAAUAUGAUUUACCAGAGAACAGUAACAGUUCUGAUUCAGAGAAAUCAACUCAAAAUCAUACAGACAAAAAACAUAAGAAACGUAAGAAACAUAAGCGUAAGAAACACAAAGUCAUAUUAGAAUGGGUAGAGGCUUCAUGAAUGGUGAUGUUACAUUGUACCUACCCUUUAUUUUGUAAAGAAUACAUUUGUGGCUUUUAUACAUCUUUCUUAAACAAAA